AUGUUACAAUAUUACGCAAAAAAUGAUAGUGAUUUUGAUUUGAAAAAACUGAUAAAUAAUGCUGUGUUGAUUGAUGUUACAUAUGAGAAUAGUAGUGCUGCCUCUAUAGUAGAUAGUAAUGUUAGUGGUGAAAUAAGUUUGUCAUUACAGAUUCUCUAUCAAUAUUUUGUGGAAGGAGUUCCUAAUUUAGAAUUUUGUCACUUUGUUGAUAUUAUAAAAAAAUCCUUUCCUGACAUUUUUGACUUCAGUCUAACAAUAGUUUUCAUAAAAGCUGUUGGUUCAUGUUGUUGUGUAUAUGGUUCAAUUUUUUAUAUGCCUUUACUUUCUGAAACAAGUUACAAACCUUUUUUCUGGUUGACACAAACUAUCAUUUUCAUCGAUGCCUUGGUUAUGACUGAUGUUCAUGUAUUAUUAUUAAAGAAAUAUUAUGCAUUUGAGGAAUUUGCUCAAGAUAAUUCUGAUAUUAUUGCUAGUUGCUUACUAAAUGAGGCAAUAGAACUUAAUGAGAGAAUAAAAAAAUUAAGACAAUAUGGAAUUAUAGUCUUAGAGGAUUAUAGCAUUAAAAAGCUUUUAAUAAGGGAGAAAAGUUUUGCAGUUUAUAAAAAUGGAGAGUUAGUAUCAUUUAAUGGGUUUAGUUAUAUUCAACUUAAAACUAUCAAUAGCAAAGAUAUAAUUAUGGCUUGCUUACAAACGAGAAAAUUAGAAACUGCACAACCUCAAAAGAUUAUAGAGAGUAUGAUUAAAAAAGAAUAUAAUUCUACAAAAAAGGCACUUGCUGAUAACCUUAAUCUCCAAAAUAAUGAUUUCAUUCUAUUAUCAAUAUGUCCAUUGAGUAAUGAAAUUGAUAAUUCUUCUACUUUAUUAAAAGAUUUCAAAAAUGCCGCUUUAAUAUACAAGAACAAUUUUCUUAUCUUUUAUGAUUUUACUUAUGCAAUACAGGCUCAAUUUGCUGAAUUAAGAUUAAUAAAAGAAGUAGGUGAACAGUUAGCAGAUGAUAUUUCUCUAAUGCGUAAAAGGAAGUAUUUUAAUAAUGAAGAUGAUUUAUGCAAGCGCACAAAAUUUUCAAAACUUGCCAUAUUAUUGGUUAUGUUUAAAUGA